AAAUACGCAACCCUAUUUGACUCUUUCCAUAUUAUCACAGCACACAACUCCACCACAUUGCCUCUUUCUUUCACAGCCCGACUCCUUCAGCCACCUUUAACAUUUCCCACAUUUACAUACAUAUGUAGACUCUUAGUUUUUAUGCCAAACUUCGUGCUCUCUCUUCCUCGAUAACUUAGCCGAACCCCUCUCUCUUUCUCUCGUCUUCUGCGUUUCUAAGCUGUCCCAACAAAAGCUGCUCUUUAUUAUUGUUUUUUUAUUGGUAAAAAAGCUCAGAAGAAAGGUGGGAUUUUUAUUUUAAAUUUUUUUGGAAAAAGUAAUAUGGGAAAGUACCAGCGGUAUCCUAAGUUAAAGAAAGCUGAAGAUGUACAAGUAGUUAAGCACUAUGUGCCUGUUGAAGAUGACGAUGACGAUGAAGAGUCUCGUGAGCUUGAUUUCGUUUUUACACAAAGCAGUGGUUACUUCAACAAGAGAACCAGGCCUAAGCUUUUGUCUCUUCUCUUUAUUUCUCUUCUUUCUUGCUGCUUUAUUUUGGCUCCUCAUCUCUUUAGCUCUUCCUCUCUCCUCUAUUCAUUUGUUGGGGAUAACGAAAACCUUGUUCCUAAUGUAAAUGCUCCUUUUUGUGCUUCUACCUCCGAUGGAAAUAUUUGCUGUGACAGAAGUGGUUUUCGUUCUGAUGUAUGUAUCAUGAAAGGGGAUGUGAGAACAGGCUCUGCUUCCUCUUCAGUCUUUCUCUACAAGUCAGGAAACUCCAAUGGCUUAAUCAAUUAUGUUUCAAGCAUAGUUGAAGUGGAAGAGGAAAUCCAACACGAAAAGAUUAAGCCUUAUACCCGGAAAUGGGAAACAAAUGUAAUGGACACCAUUGAUGAAUUAGACCUUAUUUCCAAGAGAGAAAGUGCUGCAAUUAACCAUCAUUGUGAUGUUCAACAUGAUGUCCCAGCUGUGUUUUUCUCUACUGGAGGAUAUACCGGGAAUGUGUAUCAUGAAUUCAAUGAUGGGAUUUUGCCAUUGUAUAUCACUUCUCAACAUUUGAAGAAGAAGGUCGUGUUUGUCAUCCUUGAAUACCAUGAGUGGUGGAUUUUGAAGUAUGGUGAUAUUCUUUCACAUCUUUCGGAUUAUCCUGCAAUAGAUUUUACUGGAGACAAGAGGACUCAUUGCUUCCCUGAGGCAAUUGUUGGUCUCAGAAUACAUGAUGAGCUUACUGUGGAUCCUUCGUUGAUGCAAGGAAACAAGACCAUAGUUGAUUUUAGAAAUAUUUUAGGCAGAGCUUACUGGCCGAGAAUCAAAGGAUUGAUUCAGGAUGAGAAACGAAAAGCUGAAGAAAAACUAAGGGAGAAACUUGCUUUGUCUCCGUCAUUAAAAGCCUCAUCAGAGAUUAUAAGAAAUGUGAGAAAAAAUCUAUUGAAGAAACCAAACUUGGUUGUUUUAUCUAGAAAUGGGUCUCGAGCAAUAACUAAUGAGAAUUUGAUGGUCAAAACGGCUGAGGAAAUUGGCUUUCGUGUUGAAGUUGUGAGGCCUGGUCGGACUACAGAAUUGGCAAAAAUUUAUCGGGCACUUAACUCAAGUGAUGUGAUGGUUGGAGUCCAUGGUGCAGCCAUGACACAUUUUCUAUUCAUGAGGCCUGGCUCUGUGUUUAUUCAGGUCAUUCCCCUUGGAACUGAUUGGGCAGCCGAGGCAUAUUAUGGUGAACCAGCAAGGAAACUUGGUUUGAAGUAUAUCGGCUACCCCAUUCUUCCCAUAGAAAGCUCAUUGUAUGACAAAUAUGAUAAAAAUGAUCCUGUUCUUCGAGAGCCAAUGAGUGUAAACAGUAAGGGCUGGCAAUACACCAAGGCAAUCUAUCUUGACGGCCAAAAUGUGAGACUAAACCUCAACAGAUUCCGGAAGCGGUUGGUUCGUGCUUAUGAUUAUUCCAUCAAAAGAAUCAACCGAGACGUUCAUCGUCAGUCCCAGUAAACCCGAAUGUUCUUGCUAGCAUUUCUUUGUUAAUUUAAUUGAUAACAAUAUAUAUAUAUAUAUAUAUUUUUUGUGAAAAAUUAGUGAAUUCAUUCUGUGUUUUGUACAUUGAGCAGGAAAAAGAAAGGUUUUCAUUUUGGUAAAUACUAGGAAUGUUCGGAGCAGCCACAGUCUGUAACUUGUAAAAAUUUCACAUGUAAUGAAUAAAGAAACCUUUUUCAAGUGUCCACAAUA